GGGCGGAAGCCGGGCAGAGAGGCGCGACGUCGCUCCGGGGCUGCGCGCGUCUGCGCCCGCCUCCCGCCCGUCCUCCUUACUUCCCUCCCCCCCUCCGCGCUCCUCCGCGUCGAUGGCGGCGGCGAUUAUGGCGGCGGAGCAGGAAGCGGCCAAGGGCGGCGGCAGGAACCGCGGCGGCGUGCAGCGCGUGGAGGGCAAACUGCGCGCCAGCGUCGAGAAGGGCGACUACUACGAGGCGCACCAGAUGUACCGGACGCUCUUCUUCAGGUAUAUGUCACAAGGAAAAUAUGUGGAAGCGAGAGAGUUAAUGUACUCAGGGGCUUUGCUGUUCUUCAGUCAUAACCAGCAAAACAGUGCUGCUGAUCUGUCCAUGUUGGUUUUGGAGUCUUUGGAGAAGUCAGAUGCAAAAGUAACAGAUGACCUUUUAGAAAACUUGGCUAAAUUGUUUAGUUUAAUGGAUCCAAAUUCUCCUGAAAGAGUGGCUUUUGUGUCCAGAGCACUGAAGUGGUCUAGCGGGGGAUCAGGAAAACUGGGCCAUCCAAAAUUACACCAGUUACUAGCCAUUACCCUGUGGAAAGAGCAAAACUAUAGUGAAUCUCGGUAUCACUUCUUGCACUCCACAGAUGGUGAAGGCUGUGCAAACAUGCUCGUGGAAUACUCCUCGUCCAGAGGCUAUCGCAGUGAGGUGGACAUGUUUGUAGCACAGGCAGUCCUACAAUUUCUCUGCUUAAAAAAUAAGACCAGCGCCUCAGUUGUUUUUACAACGUAUACACAGAAACAUCCUUCAAUAGAAAAGGGUCCACCCUUUGUGCAACCACUGCUAAACUUCAUCUGGUUUCUGCUAUUGGCUGUGGAUGGGGGAAAACUAACAGUAUUUACAGUAUUGUGUGAACAGUAUCAACCGUCCCUGAAAAGAGAUCCUAUGUAUAAUGAGUACCUAGAUAGAAUAGGACAGCUUUUCUUUGGUGUUCCGCCCAAGCAGACAUCAUCCUAUGGAGGAUUACUAGGAAAUCUUUUAAACAGUCUGAUGGGAACUGGAGAAGAUGAUGACACAGAAGAUGGUCAGGAAGACAGCAGUCCUAUUGAACUGGACUGAGUAUUUUAGCCAUAGGGUGCCGUGUACAUCUGAUGAUUCGAUGACUCCAAAGACAGUUUUGGGAUUUGGAUCCUGCAGUUGUUUCUUGGCGCCUAAAAGGGCUCCUCCAGUCUUUUAGAAAUGGUUGCUGAAAUGUUUAUAAUGUUCGGUCUAUAUUAUUUAUGUAAACAAAAGAAAGAAACCAACAAAAAGUAGCCAAAAGAACCAAUGGGAGCGAUUGUUAGCAGGUUUCCGAUGCAGCGGCUGGUGACUUUGAUUAAAAUAUAGUCUUCUAUGGUUUCUGAUGCAGUAUUCCCUUUUGCACAAUAACGCAAUGAAUAUGGGUCUGCUCCAUGACCCACCCAGUACCAUCUCUGUUACAAGAAGGCCUCCCUGACCUCUGCCAUCUGCAAGGAACAUCCUGAAAGCAGGGUGAGUCACUGCGUAAGUGAGGGGUGAGGCUGGUGCCAAAAGUCCUGCGAGGAGCACAGUGAGCUGCACAGCCGGGACACACUGACACCGGGAGCUCCCUCUGCUGCAGUGAGAACAGCACUGCCUGUGUCUAUGGUGAGCUGGCUCUAGCUGAGCCCACGUGUGUGUUUAGCUGAUGCUUCUGAAAAGCACAAGAUUGAAUUGCUCUCGAGUAAAAGCCGAUCAGGGGAACGUAGGUCAUUGGCUCCACACGGAUCUCUCUUGCCUAGGUUUAACAAUUUGGCAUCUAAAAUACCUCCUCUGGCUGGCGGCUCUGCUCCUUUGGAACAUUCUUUCUCAUUCCGAGUUCACAACCAUAUGUAACAGUGAACUGCCACGAGCAAUGUCUGCGUUUGAACCGCAGCUGUAUGUAAAGGAAAGGGAUACUGCAGAACUUUUGGUUCUUUAUGAUAUAUUUAUUUUUCUCGGGUGAUUGAUUCAUUUAACACUUCGUGUAAAAAGGAUAAAUCAAUAAAUAAUGGAGUAAUUGCAACCCCAGUGGUAGGCAUAGCCAUUCCACAUCUCCUCUUUAAUGCAGACCGCCCGAUGGCGGUGGGACAGCGGCCGAAUGAAACGGGGAAACGCUUUAUUUUUUCACGAUGAAAAUACGAAGGCUUAGAUUAAUAAACAGCAAUCAUGCAUGGGGGAGGGAGGGGUUCAUCAGACUUUACUGACUGUAUGAAAAAGAAAAGAAGGCAAUGAAAGGCAGAUUUUGUGUUAAUUGUGACGUCUCAAAUAAACACUUUAUACCAGGAUCUACGA